AUGUGUUUGUUUUUGGGAACGCCGGUUAGCUAUUUCUCACAUGUCAGCUACAUCGACCUCUAUGGGCAGUACCCACUGGACCUUCUGCCAGUGAAUGCCAGGAGAGGAAGCAAGGCUUGCAUGCCCUGCUCUGCUUUAUCACCAACAAAAUCAGCCAAUGCCAGUGCAAGUCUGUCGGAUCAUAGCGAAUCUUUUCCCAUUGCUAAUGCUUACAGGAGGCUUUCUACUCUGGUUAUUGCCCUUGUUUUGGAGGCUCAAAUAUCAUUUUCUGUGCAGUGCAGAGGCCCACAUUACCCACUUAAACAAUGCUGUGCAGAGCAGCUUUCAAAGAAUUUGCUAUGCCUUGUGCUGUGGAAUUGAAUGAUGUAUCAAAUAGUUGUGCCUCAACCUUGUUCAGCUACCUCAACCACUACGGGAACUACCCACCUGGCCUUUUUGCCAUUGAGUGCUAGGAGGGGCUACAAGAGCUUCCAUGUUACACUAGCCUGAUAAUGCCCAGAGUUCAAUUCAUGUGCGUGUUUAUGAGCAAUACUAUAGACAGCUAAUCUGGAG